AUGACAGCUAAUCUGCUGCCCUGUCACAUCCAUCAUAAUGGCUCAAUCGAUCCCGUCAGCGCAUACUGGAAGCCCACGGACAGCACCGACAAUAGCAAAGAAGCAUACUUUCGCGGUCGAAAGCUGAAAGGCAAACCCCUGCCUCUACCUCAAGGCUACCGCGGCCUCAUCGUGGAGCGAAACCCCGACAAGUUGAAAAAGGAAACGCUGCUUUCUUCCGACGAUCAAGACACGAAUGACGACGAAGUAGUUCCAAUGGAGACUGUGGGCACGAUGCGGGUGACGGGCGAGUUUGACGAAAUGGUGAUUUGGUCCCACGAGUCCAUGGCCGCUGCUGCAGCAGACCCUUAUGUGCGGAGUGUUGAGGAGUGGCUGAAAGUCUCUGAUAAGAUCCACGGCUUCGAAGACGAGACCAACGACAAGACAAAAUAA